CAACCCCGAUCGACCCUCACCCCACCAAACUCUCUCUGUCUUUCCUCUCAUCCACAGCCGCCGCCGCACUCAUCCGCCUGGCGAUCCCACCGGCCGGCGCCCUCCGCCCUCAUCCCCUCCACCUCCCGCACCUUCUAUCCAUCUAUAUGCCCCUAGACUAGAUCAAGCAGGCGAGCGCUAUCAGAUCGGGAUCGGUGAUGCCCACGGCAGGGCAUCUGGAUCCACGGAGGGGAGAGGAGGACGUCAGCGGCGGCGGCGGCGAAGCGGGCGAUGCUGGCGCGGGCGGGGCGUGCGGCGGAGCAGUCCAGGCCGGCGGCGGAGGCGGUGCGGGUGGUGGCGAUCGGGAAGACCAAGCCGGUGUCCCUGCUGCGGCAGCUUCGACGAGAACUACGUCCAGGAGUUUAUCACCAAGGCGCCGCAGCUUCCAGAAGAUAUCCGGUGGCAUUUCGUCGGACACUUGCAGAGCAACAAGGUGAAAUCUCUUGUAGACACCGCAUUUCUGCUGCUGCAACCCCAGCUAGCACCGAUGACGCCAUGCAUGGAGCAAGUCAAGGCACUCAGGAAGGUGCCAAGGAGAUGCUGGACCAAGGCAUGGAGGCAUUGCGAGCUGAAGAGCACAUAGCUGCAGAUGCUGGAGGCCGGGCCGGUGAGCCGAGGAUUGGAGGUAGCGCUGAUUGGUGUUUUUAUGAAGAGAUAGGAUGCCACUGUUUGGUGUUUUUAUGCAUUUUGGUUUGCUUGUAACUGUGUUUGCACUAGCUGGGAGUAGGUGACUUGGCAAGAAGUGUAGGUGUUUUAAUUGAAGGCAUGAAAAGCCAUGACAAUAUGUAUGCUCUUACAGAAUGUGCUCUAAUGCCGCUGGUUUAUUAUAAAUCUUGGAUUAGUAAUGAUGUGUAAUGCUGCUAGUUUAUUGCAAAUAUGUGUUUGUUUUAGUUGGAA